GUCACUUCCAGGCGUGGUACGGUACAAUGUGUGAUAUACGUGUGUUACUGAAAAUGGCCGUAUACGUAGGAGUCCGUCUAGUUUACUAAUUUCACAAAACUUUCUAUGUUUCAUCUAAUACUCCAGAGUGAUUGUUAAAUUUUUGAAAAAUACAUACAGUUUGUGAAAUUGUGUAAAAGAAACAGUUUAAUGGAUUGUCGGUGGUUAUAAACCGAGACGAAGUGUGCCCAUUUCGUUAACGGUGGAUCAUUAAAAGAGAAGCUUUGUUACAAUAAGUGAAAAUAGAAGACUAUUAAUAAUGGGCUUUCUUAUUUAUGUGUACAGUACUAUUUAUUUAAACAAUGUACCUAUCAAUUAGUGAGUAUUCAUUAUAAAUUAUCAAGAUGCGGGAGAGAUUUGGUAUAAUCCCCUGGUGUCAAACGGGGAUUUGAAGAAAAUAUUUUACUUGGAAUAUUUUCUAUUGUAUUAAAAAAUACAUUGAAAUAAUGGAAAAUAUACAAGAUCAUAGUUAAGAGAAAAGAUGAAUUUAUGCAUCUUAUGAUUGUUUUAUAUAACAAUGAAUUAUUUGAUUACUGCAUGAGAUUUAUGUUUAAGUGCAGUAUUAAAAUAGAUUUUUGUAGUUAAUAAUAAGUACUAUAGAGUCUCAUAACAUAAUGUAAUAAAAGCAUAGCUUUUAUACACGCGAACGUAUAUCAAAUAAGUAUUACAAAAAUGUCAUUCUUAUCAAAUCUGAAGAAAGCGUUCCACUUUGGUGGUAACGAUGCAAAGAAAAAGAAGUUGUAUAAUAAUAUUAAAAUGGAUUGUGACCCAGAGGAAUUCUGGGAAAUGAUCGGUGAAUUAGGAGAUGGUGCAUUUGGCAAAGUUUACAAGGCACAGCAUAGGCAAACUCAUCAACUUGCUGCUGCAAAAAUGUGUGCAUUAGAGGGAGAAGAUGAUCUUAGUGAUUUUAUGAUUGAAAUAGAUAUUUUAUCAGAAUGUAAACAUCCAAAUGUUGUUGAAUUACAUGAAGCAUAUUUUAUUGAGGGCAAACUAUGGAUGUUAAUAGAAUAUUGUGACGGCGGUGCUGUUGAUUCCAUAAUGGUUGAAUUACAAAAAGCUUUAACUGAACCACAAAUAGCCUAUAUAUGUCAUCACAUGACCAAAGGUCUUGCAUUUUUACAUAAAUCUAAAGUUAUUCACAGGGAUUUAAAGGCAGGAAAUGUUUUAUUAACAAUGGCUGGAGGAGUAAAAUUAGCUGAUUUUGGAGUGUCUGCAAAAAAUAAACAUACCUUACAAAAACAUGAUACAUUUAUUGGUACACCAUAUUGGAUGGCCCCGGAAGUGGUAUUGUGUGAAACAUUUAGAGAUAAUCCAUAUGAUUUUAAAGUAGACAUUUGGUCACUUGGUAUAACCUUAAUAGAAUUUGCACAAAUGGAACCACCAAAUCAUGAAAUGUCACCGAUGCGUGUACUCCUUAAAAUACAGAAAAGUGAUCCACCGAAACUUGAUCAACCUGGUAGAUGGAGCAAAGAUUUUAAUGACUUUAUUGCCAAGGCUCUUAUAAAGGAUCCAACAUCGCGACCUACGGCUGAUGAAUUGUUAAAACAUCCAUUCAUAAAUCGGAAUUUGGAUUCAAAACCGAUUAGGGAUUUGCUACUAGAGUACAAAGCCGAUGUUGUCGAAGAGGAAUUGGUUGAUGAAGAAGCAGAGGAGCAACGCACGUCUCAGCUUCCACUGGAGCUAGAUCAACUCGGAGAUGACUCUGCGUCUAUGCGCAGUGACGCUGAUGUUAAGAUUUCUGAAAAAGAAAAUCUUGUUGCAUCAUCUGUGUCUGGCAAAAAAGAAGAAAGCCAUAAACGAGAAAUUAAUAGAGAUGGUGAAAAAGAUGACAGGAACAAGAAAUUACGUAAAGCAGAAUCUAAAGACAACAUACCUAUUUCUGUUGAAAAGAAACAAGCACCGAAACCACCUAGUACAAAUGAAACGAAUGAACGUAGGGUAUCUCGAGAAAAAGGUCCUGCGCCUCCUCCCCCGCUUCUGCGUCAGAACAGCAAAAGCGAAGACAAGGAAAAUCAUUUGAAAAUUGUCGAUAAGCAAAGCGAUACGGAUGCGUUAGACGAGUGCAAAAUUAUUGAUAAACAACAGCGAGACAAAAUUGAAUUGUCGCCGAGCGACGAAACGAUAGACAGGAGGGAAGAAAGAAACGUAGAAACGUCUUCCGAAAAGCCAAACGUAUUGGGUAGUUUAGAAAAGAUAGCAACGGAGAAUAAUCAACGAGAAAAGAAUAAUUUAGAUAACGCUAAGAAGAUCGAUGUUAGACAAAAGUCGGUCGAUGACAAGGUAAAUUCAUCUUUGAAACCACAUUUAAUGAUAGAAGAGAAGAGGAAAUCCGCGCCAGUUAAAUCCGAAGGGUCAGAAGAUUGGAUGAAACCGGUAUUCAACAAACAAUCCUCUUUAGAAGAGAACAACAGAGCUGACAAGAAAACAGGAAUCGACGAACGAGUCGAUAAACAGGGUUCACCGGAAGAGAAUUACAAGAGCUUACAAGAGAAACGAAAAUCCGUCGAGGAUAAGUUGAAUGCUGUUUUAGAGAAGCGAUUUUCUAUGGAUGCUGAAAUGCGGUUGGGUGUAUCAUCCAUGGAAAUGUUACCACAUCGAGAAAUUCCAAAGGCGACCUCAUCUGAGAAGAAUAUUAUUAAGUCUUGUUCCACGGAGAACGUUAAAACCGAUUAUGGAACGAGUAAAACGGAAUCAGUCGUUAAAAGUCAUAGCGAAGGGUCAUCUAGGUACGACUCGUUGGAAAAUUUCUCGGAUGAAUCCGAGGGAAAACAAGAGAAGAAGAAAUGGUUAAACAAAGAGCGCAAUUACGAGAAUACCUCGAACAACGAGAGUCCGAACAGCGAGAAGAAAGGUUCGUCGGUGAAUGUAUCGGUAAUUACAUCGACACCGAUCAGAAGCAGAAGUACAUCGAGAAGAGGAAGCGGUGAUAACGUAGUUGUCAUAACCGGUAAAUCCGACCAGGAGAUACGUCCGAACACGUCAACCGUUCGGAUCACAGCGGACAGUCCAGAUUUAUCGAACAGUUUGGCGAGUAACGUGAGUCAAGUGACGGUGGUAACGACCCAUCCUCCGGUACUCGUCGACGCAGUAUCCCCGGUGCCCCUUUCGUGCCGUCCAUCUCCAACGUCGGAGGUGGUGAUCGUUGCGAAUGAAUUGAACAAGACGCAGGUGAACGAAAGCUCAACCGACGACGACGGAUUUCCUAGUCUGGAUAGUUUAGAGUACACGCCUCAAGAGCAACCGAUAAUUCUAACCGACGUUUCUAAAAGAGUCGGCAAGAAAUUGGACGAGUCCGAGGUUCUGAUUGUGAGUCCGAUCGUAGACGAAUUACAGGAUACUAGUCAUGUUUCAGUCGUAACCGUUGGCGACGACAAGGAACAAGUGAAAGAUUCGUCGGUACUUAAUCCUGAUCCUUUGCGAACGUCUUCCAGCCAGGUCGACGCGAACACGGUCGAAAGGACGAGCACGAAGAGCGACAGCGGUGAUGAAAUAACUAAAAUGAUAGUCGCUGGAACGACUGUCGAAUCGGCGGACGGCGAGGAAAUGGAGAGAAGUUCGAAGAAGAUGAACGGUAUGAUAAAGAACGACAAGUCCACUGUUGGUCGCGUCGACGAGAAGGGAAUUAAAACGACUAAGCAGCAGAAACAGGAGAUCGUUAAAGGAUACAAGGAGAAACGAGUAUCCCCGGAUAGUUUCGAGGGAUCAAGGUCUCAGAGCGAGUCUGGUUCUACGAGGUCGCACACGCCGAGCAAAAGUAUAGAUCGUUCGGACGCGGAGUCGAUUUCCACGACGAUCAGCCAGGACAGCAGAGAAUCAAGCAAGGAAAAUCACUUGAGUCAGAGUCAGUCGACGGAAGUGGAAGAGGAAGUGGUAUUGCGACGAAAACCGGACUAUAAUCGGGACAUACCGCGACAGACGAGAACGAGAGAGGAAACGGCUAUGAUGAAUCUGAAGAAAAAGACAAGGAAACGAACGAGGAAGUUCGAGAUCGACGGUGUGGUAGUUACCACGACCACGUCGAAGGUAAUUUAUGGCGACGACGAGAACGGCAAGGUGUACGACGAUCAAAUCUUCAGGAAGCAAGAGUUGAGAGAAUUAAAGAUGUUACAAAAGAUGGAACAGAAACAAUUCCAGGACCUGUCGCAGAAGGCACAGUUUAACAAGGAUCAACAGGAGAAACGUUUCGAGCAAGAAAGGCAGCUUCUCGAACGAAACGCCGAAACGGACUUGGAAAGUCUUGCCCGGCAACAGAGACAGCAAAUCGAACGAGCCGAGGCGCAACAAGAAGCUGACCUGAGGCUGGCCUCGAAAAAGAUUCGUAGCGAGCAAGAGAGAGAAUUGAAACAGUUUCGGGAAGGUUUGAAGCAGGAGUUGAGAUUGCUGAAACAAGAGGUGGAUUUGAUGCCAAAAGACAAGAGGAAAAGCGCGUUUAAGAUACGUAAAGAGAAACUCGAGGCGGAACACGAGGAAAGGGAGAAGCACUUUUUGGAUAAGCUGAACGAGAGUCACGAAUUAUCGUUGCGAAGGUUGUCCGACAGUCAUCGCGAAAAGAUAGCUCUGAUGGAAAGGCAAUUCUUGCAGCAAAAGCAACAGCUGAUGAGAGCCCGAGAGGCGGCGAUUUGGGAGCAAGAGGAACGACAUAUCCACGAGAAGCAACAACUGUUGAAGAAGCAGCUGAAGGAUAUUUUCUUCUUGCAAAGACACCAAAUGUUGAUCCGUCACGAGAAGGAGUUAGAACAGAUGAAGAGGAUGAAUCAACGGAAAGAGGAGGAGCUGAUAAAACGACAGACGGUGGAGCGUAGAAAUCUACCGAAAAGGAUUCGUAACGAGAUGAAGGCUCGCGAGAUGAUGUUCCGCGAGUCGAUGAGGAUCUCGAUGUCGUCGGUUAUAGCCCCGGAUCCGGAUGCCGAGAGGGAGAAAUUGAAAAAAUUCCAAGAGAACGAGAAAAAGCGAUACAGGGCGGAACAACAGAGAUUCGAAUUGAAGCAUUCGCGACAACUGGAGGAGGUAAGGGCUCAAAGCGAUGCAACUAUUAAAGAAUUGGAACAAUUGCAGAACGAGAAGCGAAAGAUGCUGAUGGAGCAUGAAACGUCGAAGCUGAAGGAACUGGAAGAGGCGUACGGCAAAGAGCUUCGCGAAUGGAAAGCACAACUGAAGCCCAGAAAGCAGAAGCUGGAAGAGCAGUUCGCUUUGCAAUUAGAGGAACAAGAGGCGAUAUACGGGCCAAGCGCUAUACCGUUGUGCUUGCCCGCAGAUCUUCCUGAUUUGACACACCACACGGCUGGCUCGACUCGCAGUUCACUUUCCUCGGUGAGCGAAGGAUAAUUUGUCUGUUGUUUCAUACGAAACUACAGACGUGUCGAGAGAUGUCGAGGUAACUGAAAAACCGAGCUUCCAUGGAUGCGUACUACGAGUGUCGGAAAAGAUUAAACUAGCAAAUGGGACGUAAUUGUUCGAAGAUUGAUAGAGCGUGUUUUCAUUAAAAGAGAUUACAAUGGAACGAUCAUCGAAUAGAAUUUCCGUCUACGAUACAGUAUAGUGUACACUGUAGAAUAGUAUAGAUUGGAAAGUUAGAAAGUUGGUCUCGUUCAUCUCGAUGUACGGUAUAAAUAAUACCAAUAGGUGAUUGUUCGAGUCGCUUUCUCAAGAGAUACGUGUUUCGUACGAUAAGUACGAAUCGUUAUAUACAAAUGUAAUUAAUUUCUGACGAUAUUUGUCGAAAAUAUACCUGGUACAAUCUAUAGAAUCCGCCCGAUGAUCAGAAUUCGAAAUGAUAAGUAGACCUCUUUUUGUACAUCUCUUCUACACCGAUGUAUCAAACUAGGAAUCGAAUCAUCGUUAAUUCGAGGAUAAUUCAACGUUCUAUCGAGGAUGAUAUGCACGCGGUGGUUUUAUUUAGCAUGUUCGUAGAACGCCAUACAAGGAUAUUACAAAAUCAGGAGUUUAAAGCUUACAAGUUAGGUAGUAUUUGCUUGAUCGAGCGAAAAAUGUAACGAAGGUGUGAUGGACCACCGAUCCGUUCGUAGUCGUAGUUUGGUUCUGCUAAUUAAUGACUUGCUUGCUUUCAUGCGACAUGAAAACGAAUAAUUAUUUUAUAUACACAAAGGCUAUUUUACAAUAGCAUUUUAUAACUCUUAUUUUGCGACAUACGUUCACUAAACACUUUUGCUCGGUAAUCGCGAAUAAUACGUGAUUUGUAAGUUUUAUAAUUAGGCUGUUCAACGGGUCAUGCUAAAUUUUCACCGAUAGAUUGUUUUCUUUAUCGAGAUACGAAUAUAUAUAUAUAUAUAUUUUAGUAAAUAAAUGUUCAAUACUAUGAAUCAAAGGUUUACGCCAAAUAUACAUAUAUACAAUGUAUGGUUGUUUACCGCGUGUUCAGAUAUAUGUAGAAAUCGACGGCAAUGUUACGUGCAUUCGAAACGAACACGUGUGGCUAACGUAGAUGUAAAGAACCAACCAUAUUUGUAUAAAAUUAUAAUCUUGUUCUCAUUUUUUUUUUUCUCACUGUUGUACAUUAAAACUUUUGUAUUCUUCUCUACUCUCGUCGAUUUAUCCGCCAGCGUGCUUAUACGAUACGAUACGAACGAGGAGUUUUGUACAUACAUAGUACAGACAUAGAGGAAAUCAGAGCGAAGCGUUUCAUAUAUUUUGAAUAUUCUACUGAAUCGUACGAAAACAGAGCGUUAACCACGAGUCUUUGAAAGUAGCUUGUCCGGUUUCUUUUGAAACGAAGCUUCCAAACUCGAGGGAAAUUUGACGUACCUUUUUAUAUUCAAUUUUCGCUCGAGUUUUUUUUUUUUUGCGAUCGGGAUACGCUAGAGGAAUAUCGUAAAUUGUAUUCGAUGAGAGAGAAAAGUGGACGUUUGCCAAAGCGUAUGUAAAUACAUAUGUGUAUAUAUACAUACUUAUACAGGGUUUUUCAUAACAUGUCUUUUCUUAUCUAACAUUCAUUCUAAUCCAUGGCAUAUUAAUGCCAUAUCGAGGAGAUGAUUUGAACCGUUUCAUUUAUUAAAAUAAACUUGAGAGAUAGGGGUCUGUUAAAAUAUGUUCAACAUGUUAUGAAACAUCUCGUAUACACAUAUAUUCUUGAAACGUUAGGAUUUUGAGUAUACAUAUAAGAGAAACGUAGGAGGCACGAUGAAAUGAAGAGUCUUAAUACUGCCGUUUAAUCGAAAUCGCGUCAGACGCAACAAUUGUUCAAAAGUAUUCGUCGAUUGUGCCCCCUUAGAUCUGUUAGUAAAACGACGAAGAGAAGUAUAGUUGACAGCCGAGUCGUGGGUGGUAGUAACGAAAAAAAAAAGAAAAAAAAAAAAAUUCGAGCGUAUAAAUUUCGAUGAAAUUUUACAUAGAUUUAAUGAAUCGUAAAAUUUUAGUAUGCGCGAAAUGUCGCCGAAGACAAUUGUUCGCAAUAGCCUUACUACUACAGUUUUAGCAAGUUGAUCGCGUGCGUUACAUAUAUUCGAUCAAAGAUAUUUAUACUACGACGAAUAGAGCGUGAAGUGAUGUAAUAUAUAGUCGAAAGAAAGAUACUUGUCGACGAGUCGAAUCGAUCGCAUUACGAUUGAUUCGAGUAGUCAACAUGUUAGCAUUAUGUAUUAUUUCUUUCUUUCGUUGUCUAUUGUUUUGCCCUCGAGUAUACCCUCGAGCAUUCUUAAUCAUUGUUCGUACAGUAUUUAAACGCGAAACUGUUUCCCCUUUUCUUUUUUUCUUCUUUUCUUCUUUUUUUUUGUUAUGAUAGUAUUCCAUUUGUAUCGAUUGCAAGAAUUUCGAUUUUCGUCUGUACGUUUAACACUGAAUCGUAUCUCGACGCGUAGGCGCAUACUUAUAUAUAUAUAUGUAUAUGAAAGAUCAAUAGACUGAGCGCGUAUAAAAGUGGAGAAUCGAGAAAUGAGAUUAUAUUGUUGAUCUAUACGUUGGGAUGAAAUGUUUAAAGUUGAUGAUAUUUGGAUAAGAGGUUUUUAUGAUUUUGCUAAACUGGCAUUCGUCAAAUGAAAUCUGAUGAUUUAUCGAGAUAGUCCUUUCGUUCGCUGUCGUUAUCAGCAAUUGUAGAAAUACUUUGUCAGGUGUUUGUUAAUAUCUGUUUGAAUUUCUCUUGAUCAGAAAUAAUUCUGUUCUUUAACGUUGGUCGCUAGAAAAGGAAAGAAACCAUAGAAUCGACGUGUAUCAUAAAGCUAUUCUUUUUCCUGUGGAAACAGGAAGCAAAGAAAUUCUCGUUUAUGAUUUGUAGAAAGCGUUUUCCCCUUUUCGUACCUUAAUAUGCGUGUCCGAUCGAUGUUGCGCGACAAUGUACUUGUUCGUCUUAGAUCGAGUUUAUUUUACAUAGGUAUAUUUAUAUUACGAGUUAAGCGUUAAGUUGUUUAUCGAUAAUCGCCUCCGUUAAUGAUCUUUAGAAAGAGAGAAGGACCGUUGUUUUUUACGAUUGGAAGAAAAACUUGUGAAAUCGAAUGGGUGGGAAACGCGCGGUUGUUCGAAGCGGAAUCCUGAUCGCUUCCAAUUUGUUAGGGAAACUUAAUUAGAAAAGCGAACGUAAAAAAAAAAAAAAAAAAAAA